CUAAAGAAAUUUCCCAAUUCCAAACAUUCCUUACAAGGAGAAAUGUCUAUGAUUCGUCAAUUCCUUUAGAUCUGUAUUAACUAAAUCGUUUUAAGAUCGUCGUGUAAACGUAGUCACUGUAGAAGAAUACUACACAUAUAUACUGCUCGUAUACUUACGAGAUCUAAAAUGGUGGCAGUGUUAAAAUCGUCCCUUUCCGCUUUUCAUUCAUGGACUUUAGAGUUGUGCGUGGAGCUGAUUAAAUGCUCUUAAAACUCAUAAAGAUAAAAGCUAGUGAAUCCGCACGUAAUACAUUACUUAUAAAGUGUUAUCAAUUCCAAAGAAGAGUUAAAUGAUUACAGAGGCUUUAUUGCAACUAAAAGUAUUCGUUAGAUUCUAGAUCGUGUGUGUCCAUCUACGUAGACUGGGCGUUGUGACGGUUGUUUAUGGCGAGAGAAUUCGAUAGUGAACUAGAAAAGAACAAGAGAAGGAGUUUCAUGAUUGGUGACGUAAUAUGAUUUGAAUUAAACGGGAACAGUCUUGUGUGGGCGUGCAGCACCAUCGACGACGGACGAGAUUGUGGAUGAAGCGACGAAGUUCUUUGGGAUCACGAAUUUACCUCGAGAUUAAAAUAUUAGAUUACACUCAUGGAUAUACUAGGCAACAUUUCGUCAACUUUCUGGUCACCCAGAGUUUGGCUGCCACCUAACACGAGUUGGUCUGACAUCGCACCUACUCGCGACAACAGAUAUGCCGAUUACCGGCAUCUCAUUCUGCCUUUACCCAUGGCACUUGUUCUACUUGUCAUCAGAUAUUGCCUCGAAAGGUAUUGGUUUACUCCGAUUGGCCAAUCACUUGGUAUAAAGAAUUCCAGACCAAAGAAGGCACAACCAAAUCCACUUCUUGAAGAUGCAUAUACAAGCAGAAAAAUCAAGCAUAAACAGAUUUUGGCGCUAGUAAAGCAAUUGGAUUGGUCUGAAAGACAAAUUGAAAGAUGGUUAAGACUUCGGCGAUCUCAAGACAAACCAUCAACAUUAACCAAAUUCUGCGAAAACAGUUGGCGUUGUGUGUAUUAUAUAUAUUCAUUUAUAUAUGGUAUAGUAAUCUUGUGGGACAAGCCUUGGCUUUGGGAUAUAAACCAUUGCUAUUAUAAUUACCCAUAUCACCCAGUGACCGAUGACGUUUGGUGGUACUAUAUGAUAUCUAUGGCAUUUUAUUGGUCACUUAGUUUCUCUCAAUUUUUCGAUGUCAAGCGGAAGGACUUUUGGCAAAUGUUCAUCCACCAUAUAGCUACUAUAGCUCUUAUGUGUUUCUCGUGGGUUGGUAACCUUACAAGGAUUGGUUCACUGGUUCUAUUAGUUCAUGAUUGUGGUGAUAUAUUGCUUGAGGCGGCUAAAAUUGCGAAGUACGCUGAUUACCAAAAACUUUGCGACUUCAUAUUCGUUAUUUUUACAAUUCUUUGGAUUGUGACGCGUAUGGGGGUUUAUCCAUUCUGGAUAAUUUAUAGUACAACCAUAAAAGCACCGAAGAUAGUGCCAAUGUUCCCGGCUUAUUAUAUUUUUAAUUCACUGCUGAUCCUUCUAUUGGUUCUUCACGCAAUAUGGACCUGGCUUAUACUGAAAAUUGCAUAUAAUGCCUUCAACGCUGGACAGAUGGAGGGAGAUAUUCGUAGCAGCAGUAGCGAAGACGUCUCUGAUGUAUCUCCGAGCAAUACACCAUUGAAUUCAUUAAACUCUUUAAAUGACGGUGGAAAACAUAAUUCGCGAGUGAAGCAGCACUAGAGCAUACGACAGAAUGGGAACGCAUUUUAUAGGACGUUCUGUAUCCCUUUCCAGUUUCGUAUGUCGGGCUGGUACCGCAUCUUCACGUUUUCAUACGUUAUUUUCUAUCUUGUAUUCUAGCAAUUCGUAAUUGGUUUUGCUAAAAUUCUUUCGAUGAAAGGAAUGCGUAAAUUCAACAGUCUGAUGCGUUUACUAAUUCUUACUGUAUAGUGUGUAUCUAAGCUAAUAUUGAAGUUCAUUUCCCUAUUCGUGACAUAUUUUCCGUCAGUUAAGUAAUAAAUUCCAUUAAAUUUUAUGGUGAUAUAAUUUCUUUGAAUGGUAUGUGUAUUAGGAAAAUAUCUUAUGUCAUGAAACGUGUAAAAAUGAUGGAAAUGUAUUUUUUGCAAUAGUUCUCUGACUUUUGAUACAAAUACUUUUUAUAAAGUUAAAAUUGCAUAUAAUAUGAUUCCCGCUAUAUGUUCAAAUUAUAUUAAUCCUUUUAUAUUUUAAGAACUUAUAGAUUGGAUAAAACUUUAAACAUAUAAUGAAAAUCUUAUUGUGUUAAUUGCCAUAAAUGUUUCAAUUUACAGCCUCUUGUUAUAUAAAAACAAAUAAUACGAUCUAUUGCGCCUAAUUUAAUUUCACCUGGAAGGCUUACAGUGCCGACUCUAUUUCUAAAGCGUUUAACGUCGUUAAAAUUUUUUACGUUGAUUAAAUUCACUGCAUUUGCAUUAAAAAAGAAGGUAGACGCAUACAGAACUAAUGAAAGAGAGAUAAAAAAGUGAGACGUUCGAAUGUGUUCGAAAAGAAUUUACGGAAGCUCUCAAUAUUUAUUUUUCUAUACGCCCAACAUCAGAUCCCGACGUAGGCUAAUUCUGUCGUUAUAACCAGAAGCAUUUCAUUAAUAAUUAUUCUAUAUUAACCCUAAUCCUGUAAACCUAAAAAAUCUUUACCCCUAAAUAAUUACAGUCGAGGGUACGUUCAGGUAGAAAACUUGUGACCCUAACUCAGUUGGUUUCAAAAAGCUGAGGUGAAAUCAUUUUGAGUGGACGCGAAAGACCCACCUUUUGUCGUUAGAGUUUUGCGUAAGUGAAAUUUUUGUUUUUGAUGGCAAUAUAUUUUUAGGAUUUUUUGAGCUCAUAUAGCAUAACUUUCAUUCUAAAUAUUGGUUACUAUCGUUUUAGACCAAAGUAUAUGGAAGAUCCAGCGACUUCAUCGACAGGUGUCUUCGCCAGCAAAAACCCGUGAAUCAUAUUGAAUUGAAAAUCAAUUAAAAUUAGUAUAUUUGCAGAUAUAUACCAGAAAAAUAUAAGCAAAAAAAAUGUUGAAGAAUACACACAUACACUCUGAGGUCGUGUAAUUAGGUAUUCCCUUUUCAAUGACAGAUAUAUUUUUUUUUUUUUCACUACCUGAUCCUUGAACCUUUAUUUAGCGUUGACAUUUUUUUAUUUCUCCAAUUCCUUAAAAAGUUACAAUUUUGUCUAAUUAAAUCAGUACAUAAUAAGCGUUUAUUACAUAAAAGUAUUAAAAUAAUUAAUUCUGGAAAGUUAUUUCUGAAUACUUGUAGUAGAAGCUUUGAAGGUACCUUACGAAUUUUUACAACAUUUUUUAUCAUUCAAUACCUGAAAAUUGUGAUAAACGUGAACGACCCAGGUUUACGCUUUGAAGGUGCCCGAAAAAAAAAUUUACGGGAUUAGGGUUAAAAUUGGUAAAGACUGUAGGGCUAUGCAAAUAUUGUUAAUUAUGCUAGACGUGCUGAAAUUAUUACCUCAUAAACUUGUUUCUUUGACCUUCCAAUGGUGGUCUGUGUUUUCUCGCCAUAAUAAGUCUAUACCUAUUGUAUGUAUCAAGACGCGCGUUACCACUGGAAGGUUAAACAAGUGGGACUACAUAAUGAAUGUAGUUUUCAUUUGCAAACAUCGACGCUGAAUUUUGAACGACAUUCAUGAUUGCAAUUCAAAUAAGGGAAUAAAAAGAAAUAAGAAAACUGAACAAUACCGUAAAAUGCGUAUUAAUAUCAUGAUACAGUGAGUAACUUUAAUAUUCGGACACUAUGAGAUUUUUACUAUAUUACGUUAUAACUUUAUUUCUAACAAAAAAAAAUGAUUAAGGAUUAUGAUGACGUAUACACUUAAUAAACAAUAGCGUAAAUUUUAUUUACAUAACUUGCAACAGUUGUUGAAUAAUACGGUUUAAAUAAAACACUGUCCGAUUUCCACGUUACUUUAAUAUUCGGACACUUUCAGAAACUACAUAUGCACACUUAUUUUUCGGCUGAUUUUUGUUACAAUACUUGCUUUAAUGUUUUGUUUGGUAGCCAUCCUGCUUUAUCACUUCUUGCAAACGCUGCUGCAUAUUAUUAAUAAUUUUUUUUAAAUAUUCAGUACUCAAACUGUUCCAUUCUUCUUUUAAACGAUUUUUUAACAUUUCUCUGGAAGAUAUUGGUGUUUUUCGAAUACGGCGCUCUAGUUCAUCCCACACAUUUUCAAUGGGGUUAAGGUCAGGUGAUUGAGGUGAUGUUUGCAAAACUUUUGGGCAAUUGUACAGCAAAUAUUCCUGCACAAUGCGUGCCUUAUGUUUCGGGUCAUUAUCCUGGUAGAACUUGAACGUAUUUAAAAUCCCCAUUUUUGUAGCACUUCUGUGUACAUUUUUUUUCAAUAUGGUCAUGUACAAAUUUUUGUCCAUAAUCUUUUCGAUGAAAACUAAUUCGCCCGGUCCGAAAAUCGAAAUACAGCCCCAGACCAUUACACUGCCACCUCCGUGCUUUACGUUCGGCCGAAGAUUUUUAAAUUUAAACUCUUCCUUUUUUUCUGCCACACCAUCCUUCGUCCAUCUGACCUAAAAAUAUUAAAUUUACUUUCGUCAGAAAAGAUGACAUCAUUCCACCCUGUUUCAUCCUUCAAAAUAAAUUCUUUGGCAUAAUUCAGUCUCUUCUUUCGAUUCUUUUCACUCACGUACGGUUUCUUUCUAGCCACUCUUCCAUUGUACCCGCUAUUUUUUAAGGCUCUGCGGAUCGUUUGAGGAUGCACGUUUUUUCCAGUCUCGUUUAACAGCUCUGAUGCUAAUUUUGGGGCACUGAGCGUAGGGUCCUUCUUUAUUUUUCUUAGUAAUUUUCUCUCAUCGCGAACGUCUAGUUUCUUCGGUUGGCCUUUUUGGGGUAUAAAAUCUAUACGAUCCUCGCAUUUGAACCGCUUGACUAUAUCUCCCACUGUACUCUUGCUUAUGUUUAGCAGAGCAGCAAUUUCUCUGUACGAUUUUCCUUUGGCAUUAUGAUAUAUUACAAAUUGCCGUAUAUCAAAACUCGUGUUCGCUUUACGAGGCAUUGUACAAGUGUAUUGCACGAUGAUCGACAAAUAACUAAUAAGCAUUGUACAAGUGUAUUGCACGAUGAUCGACAAAUAACUAAUAAAAUAAGGCUUAAACUAGAACGCUUGACUAGAUUUGUAAAUAAACAUCGUCCUCUAAUUUGGCGUAACUCGGCUUGAACAUUGAAAAAAGCGCUACAUUGUAAAGUGUCCGAAUAUUAAAGUAAUGUGAAAAUCGGACAAUGUUUUAUUUAAACCGUAUUAUUGAACAACUAUUGUAAGUUAUGUAAACAAAAUUUACGCUAUUGUUUAUUAAGCAUAUACGUCAUCAUAAUCCUUAAUCAUUUUUUUUUUUAGAAUUUAAGUUAUAACGUAAUAUAGUAAAAAUCUCAUAGUUUCCGAAUAUUAAAGUUACUCACUGUAGUUGAGAGCCAAAGGAAAGUGAAACGUAAAAUAAAUUUCGAUCUCGUAAAGAAGAAUUUAGGAUAAGCUGACUGUAUGAGUUUUGAAACAUAAAUGGUAUUCUGUUUGUUGUAUAAUUCAAAAUGUAGAGUACUACAUUUUUACUGCAAUGCCGGAAAUGAGCAAAUCAAGUCCAUCUUUUAAAAUACUCUUGGUGCUUUAAGGAGAAGUCACCCGACCAAUAAAGUUAAAUGGUGUCUCAAAUAGUGUUUACUGGACGAACUUAUCAACUUUAGAAUGAAACUAAUAUUACAAAUUCUUUACAAAGAUUUAUCAUUUACUAUUAGAGAACAAAUUACUGUACUUCAGUUUGUAAAACACAUAUUAGUUAUGAAGAAAAUAAAAUUAUUUGUUAAUUAAA